AUAUUGUGUUGUCUUUUCUUCACUAAUGCCAUGCAACAUCAGAUCCUUCUUCCUCAUAUAAAGACACCUAGGCAACUCAUUGUUGACACACCACAACACAUCACCAAAGCUUUAACCAAAUGAAGACUCUCAGUAUCUUACCAGGCCUGGCUCUCUCCCUUGCCAUUUUGAUCACUUUUUGCCAAUCUAAUGCUGAACAAACACAACCCUUGUUCACUAUUCUCAAAACUGAUCAGUUUCUCAACAAAGUUGCUCACUGGAGACAUCAUCAGAUUCAAUCCCAAGAAUCAACACUGAAACUAGCACCCCCUACAGUGUUAGCAGGAAUUUUAUGCUUUAUAGCUGCUUCUAUAUCUAGUGCAGGUGGCAUUGGUGGCGGAGGUUUAUUUAUUCCUAUACUUACUAUAGUGGCAGGUCUAGACCUCAAAACAGCUUCAAGUUUCUCAGCUUUUAUGGUCACUGGAGGGUCUAUAGCUAAUGUCAUGUGUAACCUGUUUAGUCCUAAAUUUGGCGGUGAAGCUUUGAUUUUUGAUAUUACACUUCUGUCAGAGCCAUGCAUGUUACUGGGAGUUGGUAUUGGAGUAAUUUGUAAUUUAGUUUUCCCAGAGUGGCUUAUUACAAUUUUGUUUGUUGUUUUUCUUGUCUGGUCUACUUUCAAGACUUUCAAGAAUGGGGUUCUGCACUGGAAGAUGGAAUCAGAAGAGGUGAAGAGAAAUGGCUAUGAAAAUUUGGAAGGUUCAUUGGUUAAAGAUAGGUAUAGAAUUACGAGCGAAGUGGUAGAGAAUAACAAAGAGGCUCUUUUGGGUAUAGAAGUGGAAAAAAAAUUGGGAUUUCCAUGGCAGAAAUUGGGGGUCUUACUGUUGGUCUGGUUAUCUUUCUCUUUACUUUAUCUCAUUCGGGGCAAUCGUUAUGGAGAGGGCAUUGCACCAAUGAAGCCAUGUGGAGUAGAAUAUUGGAUUCUCUCAUCACUUCAAAUUCCUCUGGCAAUAAUUUUCACUGCAUGGAUCCUCAUCCUAUUGAGAAAACAGAACUGCCAAAAUCAAACUGAAAACCAACAGAUGGAAGACUCAACAAGAAGCAGAAUGCCAAACAGAUUCAUUUUCCCAAUAAUGGCACUACUAGCGGGAAUACUUGGUGGAGUUUUUGGAAUUGGAGGGGGAAUGCUUAUCAGCCCACUUCUUCUUCAUGUCGGAAUACCACCAGUGGUAACUGCUGCAACUUGUUCCUUCAUGGUCUUUUUUUCAUCUACCAUGUCUGCGUUUCAGUACCUAUUAUCCGGAAUGGAGCACACGGACACUGCCCUUAUCUUUGCAGCUAUAUGUUUUGUUGCUUCACUUCUUGGCCUGUUGGUAGUACAAAGAACCAUACAAGAAUAUGGCAGGGCUUCUAUCAUUGUCUUCUCAGUUGGCACUGUGAUGGCAUUGAGUACAAUUCUCAUAACCAGCUUUGGAGCUAUUGAUGUGUUGAGAGAUUAUGAAUCUGGCAACAAUAUGGGCUUCAAAUCCCCCUGUUGAAAAAGGACAAGGAAAGUUCAAAAAAAAAAAUAAGGAAAGAGCUAAGUUUUCAGUGGCUAGCUCUGCGAGAAAAUAGUAUAA